CCUGCCCAUCGGCCGCGAAAAGCCGCCAAAAGGAAGAACCUUUCCAACACCCCAACAAUCCCAUGACCCCUUCCUGGUUUUCCCGAUUCUAUGGUUCGUGAGAACGCUCUCCAUCUCGCACCCACAUCGACCCUCAUACGGAGCGAACGCUGGUCGCGCCAUGAACGGCGGCGUUCGUGACGGUGGGCCCAGGAGCUUCCUGCAGCAGCAGCAGACCCAGAUUGGGACCGUGCAGCAGCUCUUGGCCGGCGGCGUCGCCGGCGCUUUUAGCAAGACUUGUACUGCCCCUCUUGCUCGCCUCACUAUUUUGCUUCAGGUGCAAGGUAUGCACACAGAUGUUGCAGCUCUGAGCAAGGCUAGCAUAUGGCAUGAGGCAUCACGCAUUGUCAAUGAAGAAGGGUUUAGAGCCUUUUGGAAGGGAAAUAUGGUUACGAUUGCUCAUCGCCUUCCUUACUCUUCGGUCAACUUUUACGCUUAUGAACGGUACAAAAGUAUGUUACAGUCAAUUCUUGGGGAAGAUAGCAAAGGAAGUGCCAGUGCAGGUCUUUGUGUACACUUUGUAGGUGGUGGAAUGGCUGGAAUAACAGCUGCAAGCGCGACAUAUCCUCUGGAUCUUGUUAGGACACGCCUCGCUGCACAGAGAAAUACAGCGUACUACAGAGGUAUUUGGCACACAUUUCAUACCAUUUGUCGAGAGGAAGGCUUCUUGGGGUUAUAUAAAGGACUUGGAGCCACGUUGUUGGGUGUUGGACCCAGUAUAGCAAUAAGCUUUUCUGUGUAUGAGAGCUUGACAUCUUUUUGGCAAUCUCUAAGGCCGAACGACGCAACCAUGAUGGCCAGUCUGGCUUGUGGCAGUCUCUCAGGGAUUGCAUCAUCAACUGCUACAUUUCCACUGGAUCUUGUGAGAAGAAGGAUGCAAUUGGAAGGGGCUGGGGGUCGAGCCCGUAUUUACAAUUGCGGUUUGUUGGGGACGUUCAGGCACAUAAUCAGGACAGAAGGCUUCUGUGGCUUUUAUAGAGGGAUACUUCCUGAGUACUACAAGGUUGUCCCUACUGUGGGCAUUGUCUUCAUGACCUACGAGACACUGAAGAAGCAUCUAUCUGAAGUUUCUACUCAGGAUUAGCCGCGUGCCACUUUCUUGUGCUGACAAUGAAUCCAUCAAGAUUGUCGUGAGAAAAAGAGUAAGAAAAUUCAGUUGAUUAUACUUAGCAAGUGGACAGAUAGGAUGAAAAGAAUCUACAAUAUUGUUGAUGAAGUUCCAUGGCGGUAAAUUUUGCUGUUACCAUCAUGAUUUUGAGGUCUAAUUUUUCUGUGCAUAAUUACUCCGCCUUUUGGAAGCUGUACUGAGUUGAGUUCAAUUAGGUUUUAUCUUUAGAGGAGAUUCAAAGUACCAUGAAGCUACAGAUUUGGUCUCUGCUCUUGUAACCUGCUUGGCAGGUUAUGCAUUUAUUGAUGAGACAGUUCCUGUGAAAUCCUAAUAUCAUAUGGUGCCUUAUUAUGAGGCUAGUUUACUCUA